GGUGCAUUCUGGGACCCGGAAUCAGACUGCAGCGGUCACAGCAGCGUGUUGCAUCCUCAGAGACGUUUAAUGUUUAAAAUGUUCCGCUGAGGUUCGGUUCAUUAACAACAGAAUCAUCGGAACUGAAGCAGGAUUCAGCCGCUGGACGUUCAGGAGGAAACAGGAACAUGUCGAUUCUGGCGGUUCUGCUCAGAGCUGGAUCCACCUUCUGUCAGUCUGCUGGGAACCUGCUGCUCCCAGUCAGAGCCAUCUCCACCAGUACCUGCUGCAGGAUCCGGAUGCAUGCCAUCCCUCAGCUGAAGACUGUGGACCGGUGGACAGAGAAGAGAAGCAUGUUUGGAGUUUAUGACAACGUCGGCAUCCUGGGGGAUUUUAAAGCUCAUCCUAAAGACCUGAUCAUCGGCCCCUGCUGGCUGAAGGGGUUCAAAGGAAACGAGCUGCAGCGUUUAAUUAGGAAGAAGAAGAUGGUUGGGGACAGAAUGCUGACUGAGGACAAACACAACUUGGAGAAGAGAAUCAAAUUCCUCUACAGACGCUUCAACCGAACCGGAAAACAUCGUUAACAGACGAGAACCACAUCAGCAGAACUGGCCCACACUGAUGGUGUCACUCAGUGUUUUUCUAAGUUAACCAGAUUUAUGUACUUUAUUGUUGUUGGACUCAUUAACAGAAACAGAAUAUAUGGUAUAAAACCCUGAAAGGAGCCUUUUUACUUGUUCUUCCACCCAACAGAAACUUAAAGCUGAAUAGCUUUAUCUUUUUAGCUAACGUCUGUCGUGGUUUAGUUCAAGGACUUCACACUAACUUAGUGUUAAAGCUGCAGCUACUUCACUUUAGACAUUUUCUAAUAAACACUGCCUUAAUUCUGUGAUUUCAGCUUCUCAAAUGUGAAUAUUUUCUGGUUUCUUUCCUCAUCUGUGACAGAAAACUGAAGAUUUUUGGACAAAACAAGACAUUUAAGUUGGGCUGAACAAUUACUUCAAAUAUUAUCAGAGUUCCUCUUUGACAAAGUACAAGAUCCAAAUCCUAGUAGAUGAAGUUGUAUGAUGAAUUAAAUGUCAAAGUAUUUCA